AGUCACUGAGAUUUGUAUUGUGAUUUUAAAACAAAUUACCAUUAUAGUCUACAAUUAGCAUUUCGUUUUCACUAGUGAACAAAUGAAGCCAUUACGGCUGUAACAAGCUCUAAGCGUGGUCGCUAAUUUUUGAAUAAAAAUUAGUCUUUAUCUUAUUUCGAUUUUGAGUUUUUAAAUCAAAAUGAGCAGAUGUGAUUUUAAAGUGGUGCUAUUAGGGAGUGAACAUGUGGGCAAGACAAGUUUAGUGCUUAGAUUUGUUAAUUGUCGGUUUAAUUCGGGCACUCCUUAUCAAAAUACAAUUGGUGCAGCGUUCUGUGCGAAAACGAUGCAUUCAAACGGCAAAGACUUCAAUAUUGGCAUUUGGGACACAGCGGGGAGUGAAAGAUACGAGGCAAUGACGCGCAUGUACUACCGGGGUGCGCACGCGGCGAUCAUAUGCUACGAGCCUUCGUCCCUGUUGUCAUGGCAACGACUGCGCCACUGGCUCACCGAGCUAAGGACGGUGGAAGAGGACUGUAAGGUAUACCUCUGCGGAACGAAGAAGGAUCUCUUGGACUCCGGUGUGGUCAGCAGGGAGGUGUCAGAAGACAUCGUAGCGACGUAUUCUCAGGGUCUUCACGGCCACUUCCUGACCUCCAGCAAGACUGGGGAGAAUGUUGAGGAAUUAUUCCAAAAGAUAGUAGACGACUGCGCUUCGGAUAUGAAGAUGAUGAAAAAUGUUGAAGAGUUAAGAGUUCAGCUUAUGAAAGAAGAAGCUGCUUACAAGGCCAAAAAUAAGGAGUUUUGCCUUUGUUGAUAGCAUAUAACAUAACAUGAGCUCACGGCUAUAUCCCGAUUGGGGUAGGCAGAGGUACAUCCAUCGCAAGAUGAACUAAGUACGGUCACGAGCAUUAAUAUGUAUACACUUUGGUACCAUGUCACAUUAACUUUUUUGACAAAUUGAACUGUAAGUCUCACUAAAUGUCAAAUAUGUUAGUGCGACAGAGUCCUAAAGUGGGUACAUUAUAUUGCUCGUGACUGUACCCACACCUCACCGAGCUUUUUGUUAGACCAACGUGAUACGGCUCACCUAUCACGUUGGUCUAACAGAAAGCUCGGUGAGG